AUGGAGAAGAGUUUGGACCUGACGGAACAGGUGCUGGCAGGGGCCAGCUUACCGGAGGGUGGUAAUAUGGAGGAGCAGGACCCAGAGCCUGAAGAGGAACCUGAUCAAAAAUCCAUGUGGUCUGGCCUGAAGAGGAACCUGAUCAAAAAUCCAUGUGGUCUGGUAUCUAACGUUCAUCCUUAUCAUCAUCCCAUUUUAUUCUAUGUCGUCGUCUCCCUCGCUGUAGAGGAAUUGAAUCACUGGACAAUCGAUGAAAGUGGUGGUGAUGGUUGGAGGGUCGAAGACUUGCCCAGGGAAGGAGAAUGGAGUUUUCCAAAUCCGUCUGUCCCCAAAUUCUUUAUGACUUCUUUUGACUUAUGCAAGAAGUCUCAGGACAUUGACCUGAAGGAGGCCGGGUACAGUGCUGAAGUCAUGGACACAUAUCAACCGGAUAUUGUGGUCACAGACUGGUAUCAAUCCAGGCCGGACUGCGGCUGCCAGUAUGAGCUGGCGGUCAAACUACUUUCUGAAAACAAGAAAACCGUACAGGAGUUUGUCCCGGGUCCCAUUAUUAUGCCAGAGGGGAGUGACGUCCACUGGAGACAUAUAACGCAUACAUUCAGUAAAUAUGGACCAGGAGUGCGCUAUAUAUCUUUUCAGCAUGGCGGGAAGGACACGCAGAGAUGGGCCGGCUGGUACGGAGUGCGAGUGACCAACAGCAGCGUCUCCAUAGAACUUUGA